AUGCCGCACGUUCCCCUCGCCUUGUUGUUCGCUGUUGGACUAAGCUCGGCGCUGUUGGUCAGUGCGACCCCUGGACCAUGGUCGACGUUGGAAAGCCGGGCCGCCCAGUCGGAAGCCACCUGCACGUCCGAUUUUGCGUGGAUGGAGAACUCGAACCGUCUGUCGCCGUGCCAGGUGGCGUCGCAGGUCAAUGCGUUGUGCAACAAUGGGGAUUGGAACAUCCCGAAGCUCGACGCCUCAGUAAACUACCAGUACCCCAACAGCCUGAACGGAACAUCAACUCUGUGUACAUGCUCGUGGGCAUCAUAUAAUCUCAUGAGCGCAUGCAUGGCUUGUCAGGGUUUUCCGGAGAAGAUCCCUAGUUUCUCUCCGUAUGUCUCCGAUUGUGUUGGGAAGCUCUCCGACACGUACUUCCCCUCGAACCUCACCUUGCCGAGGGACGUGUUAAUCCCGUUCUGGGCUGGUACAAAUCCGACUCAAUGGCUAAACGAAGCGUUCAGUACAACAGAGGCGAGAAACAUUGCGAAUCAAGGAAAUGCUGACCUCGGUAGCUCACCUCCAGCCUCGAGAAAGUCCACGCCUGUCGGAGCGAUAGUAGGCGGUGUCAUCGGAGGACUCGUCGUGAUCGCUGCAGCGGCAGCCGUCGCUUUCUACAUCCUACGGAAACAACGUGCCCAUGGAUCCUCCAAGGGACCUUCAUCCCUGAUGGGCCUGGGGACUACCCACAUGCGCUCGACGUCGGACGUGACCACGAAGUCGAUGGCGUACACCACCCUGUCCUCUACCCCAAUGGUGACCAACCCCCCGACGAGCCCAACCGUUAUCACGCACGGCACAAGCAGCGUGCGCUCCAUGCCCUUCUUCAGCUCUGUUAUCGGAAGCAGCUACUCGCCAUCCCCGCCUCCUGCGCCCUUGCGCCAGGCGUCGCCCCCACAGAACCGCGAGGACAUCAUCGUCCCGUUCACCCUGCCGCCGGCGAACGACAACCCGGACAGGAAGCAGGCGAACGGGGCGUACCCGAUAUACGACUCGCCGACCGCGCCGCCCCCGGGCAUGGGCGCAAUGCGCAUCGAGGCCGCCGCUCAGCCAGCCUCGCCGCAGAGGCGCCGAUUCAACCCGCCCGCGUACACCGAGACGUCCCCUGGGGACACGUCCGGGUCUGCGUCGGGGUCGCGGCAUAGAGGAAAGCAAGGCUCGACGGACACGAACCACUCGACGCCGUCGAGCGGCCGGACGGGCGCGCCACAGCAGCAACGACCAGCUCAUACACCAGCGAAUAGCGGCUCAAGCAUAGGGCAGAUAGGCGUAGCUAGCGCUGGUGCGGGAGUUGGUGCUAACGUGGGGAUUGCGAACGCGCUCGACCGCGCAGAGGGAGCGCCGGCGCCGGUACGCCCACAAGUGCACGGCCGUCAGCUAUCUGGAAACUCACGCGAUGACAAGCGGCAGCCGCCUGGAGAAUUCAGCGCGAGCGACAUCGCUUGA